ACUCCGCCCAGCGGGACGGAGCCGCCCCCGCCAAGAUGUCGGGGCUGAGCCCGGCCGGUGGCCGCGCCGCGCUGUGUCUGUCUCUGUCCCUGUCCCGGCGCCGCGGGGCUCUGCGCGGGUUCGCCGCCGGCCCGCAGACGCAUUUCGGUUUCCAGACGGUGACGGAGGAGGAGAGGAGGGAGAAAAGUGAGCGGGGCGGCGGUGGCGGUGCCCGCUCCGUUCAGCCCCCGGGGCUGCGGGCCGGGGCGCGGCUCGGAGUUAACCAGGUCUUCGAAAGCGUGGCCAAGAAAUACGAUGUGAUGAACGAUUCGAUGACUCUCGGAAUUCACCGGUUGUGGAAGGACGUCCUGGUGCGUAAAAUGAACCCUUCCCCAGGAACGCAGCUUCUCGAUGUUGCUGGAGGAACAGGUGACAUCGCCUUUCGAUUUAUUAAUUAUGUUCGCUCUGUACGAGAACGCCAGCUCCAGCGGAGGCUUAAGCACCAUCAGAAUUUAUCAUGGCAGGAAAUUGCUCAGAGUUACCAGGAAGACAAAUCUCCGCUAGGAGGUUCCCAAGUGGUGGUCUGCGACAUUAACAAAGAAAUGUUAAAGGUUGGGAAGGAAAAAGCACAGGAUCUUGGCUACUCUGAAGGUUUGUCCUGGGUGCUUGGGAAUGCCGAAGAGUUGCCCUUUGAUGAUGAUAAGUUUGAUGUUUACACAAUUGCCUUUGGAAUUCGAAAUGUAACUCGUAUAGAUUUGGCGCUUCAGGAGGCCUAUCGUGUGCUGAAACCAGGAGGAAGAUUUCUCUGCCUUGAAUUCAGUCAAGUCAGCAACCCUCUUCUUUCCAGGCUCUACGAUCUCUACAGUUUCCAGGUUAUCCCUGUUCUGGGUGAGGUUAUUGCUGGUGACUGGAAGUCUUACCAAUAUCUUGUGGAGAGCAUCCGGCGUUUCCCCCCUCAGGAGGAGUUGAAGGCAAUGAUAGAAGAUGCAGGGUUUUUUAAAGUGGAUUAUCAGAAUUUAAACUCCGGCAUUGUUGCCAUUCACUCAGGUUUCAAACUGUGAGUCUACUAUGUAGCAAAACACAGGAAGUGUUGUUUUCCUGAGGAAUGUGAAACCUGCGGAAUCCUAGGGCUGUGAAGAUUAAAGAGGAGUUCUAAGAACUUGUGCAGCAGACACUUGCUCAGCAGUCAGACCCAGAAGGACAUCAGCUGCCUUCUUGCCCUCCAAGAAACCUGUGGAUGAAGUGACUGCUGUGGGGUUUCUUACACUUGCAUUUCCCUUCAAGUGCAACGUGAAGGACACAGCCAAAACUGAGCAAUGCUAAGGAGUGAAGCAACUGCAGUUGCCAGGGGUGUGGAUACACAAACAGACCUACCGUCUUCAAAUAAGAUGCCUCCUUUUUUUUUUUUUUUCUUGGCUAAGCUUCAAGGACCAUAUCGUGCAAGGGAGAAGCAACUUGGAUUUAUUAGAUUUUUACUAGGCUACUGUGAUAUUUGUCAUGCAGAGUUCAAGGGAUUUUUCCCAUGAUUCAUUUACUUUUUCAAAAGCAAAUGGAAGGCUUGUGAAAUAAAGCAGCUCUGCAUCAACUUCUUUUUCACUGAAGUGAAUAUUUUAAUCUUUCUAAGAAAGGAAUUUUCUCCUGAAGAACGACUGCAUAACUAUAUUCUGGGAUGAGGUGACAUGUUUUCAUCUCUGUAUGAAAUCUUUGUCAGUGCUGGAUGCAUAACCACCUCUACAUAAAGGUUUGUCCUUUCCAGCACAAAUAAUUCUAUAAUUCCAGUAUUCUAAGUCUUUUACCCACAUUCACCGUGUUACUUGGAUUCUGCUCACUGAAGGAACAAUCAGAAUUUCUAUGUCUUAUUUCGGGCAUCUUCUGCAGACCUCGCCAUCUCUGCAGCUCUUGCCUGUUGUUUUGGGUUGGGUUUUUUUCUUGUUGUUUUGAGUGAAGCCAGAUGAUCCACGGAUCCCCUGUGCUCUUGUCUGUUCUUGUCCCUCUCCCUGGGGCACUUCCUGCUGAUACUCUUGUCAGCUGGUGAUCUGUUAAUAACAGGACUCUCAACCAUGUCUACAGCAAACAGUGCAGGGUGAUUUAAAUAAGGCUUUCAAAUACUGGCUGGCUGGUGGGACUGCCAUUUCCUUGUAGAAAUAAAAAUCUAAGAAGCAGUCACCCAGCCCGCUUGAGUAUGCAAGUAUUUUUCUUAUCAGUGCAGCGUAGUCACUUGCUCACUGUCAUUUGCAGCAAAAGCAGCAUAACUGCCAGCAACCUGUUGCUUUCACAAGCUCUUUGGCAACCUCAGAAUAAGGUACUGUCCCCCAAAGUAUUAAAACUGGACAAUGUAGUACUUUUGUCACUCUCGGAAGCCACUUCUGACUUUAGCUCCCAGGUUUUAGCAUCCCAAUGGGAAGAGACACAGCUCACAGCUUUGCUUUCUGUCUGCCAUCAGGAACGUGUGUUAGGGACAACUCUGAAAGUUAUGACCAUAAGGGAGCUUACCGGGAGCUUACCUGGUUUAAUGCAACAGAUGGAAGGGACUUGGAGAAGCUUUAAGCAGUUGUGGGGCCAUGGCAGCAAUUAAUUUACAGAACUGUGUUUAGUAACUGCAGCACCAGCAAUGGUUCUUGGAGUACUAGGUGGAUUUGUUCUGACACAACAGAACCAUUUAACAGCCUUCCCGACCGUGAACUUCAGGAACACCCAUGAAUCCCCGAGGAGGUGGCUGUUUGGUAGCUGCAGGCAGACUUCUAUGUGUUUAUUAAGAAAUGGUUAGCUGACGGAACAGAUGUGAUAACGACUGCGGGAAAUGUCAGUGUGCGUGAGAUACUUGUUAACAAGAAACAUUAAAGCCUGGGAUACACGGCUUUAAAGAGAAACACUGGAGCCUUACUUGGUAAUCAAGAAUAUAAAGGUGUAGUUUUCCUCAGGACAAAGCUGCAGGGGAAGGCAGAACAAAUACACAGGGGAGAUGAGAGCUGGAGUAGAGGCGGUGCCGAAGACAACUAAGUAAUGGAUAAGGCAUAUCAUGAGAUUCCACGGAGAUUGGACGAUGAGCACUUUCAGUUGAGGCAUUUUUCCCUCUGUGUUGUGUACCUUAUCAUUAUAUCUAAUAGACAUUUUCCCUGGGGCUCCUAAUUACUAUCAAUAAUCAUAAAAUAACCAUUGUUAGCAAUAAAACAACGUCCAUUUUCUUUUUUUUUCUGUAUAACUGAAGAAAUGUCCACCUCAAAAUUUUCUUUGUAAACCUUUAACAUAUAUGCUAGGGUUUCUAACCCAAUUUUAUGUUACAGAUCUACAGAAGAGUGGAAGAACCUUAGAAGGUGUAAGUCAAGUUGCCUCUAGGGAAACAGAUACGUAUACAUCAUCUCACAAGUUGGCCUCCUUUUGUCGUUUGUUUUUUUUGUUAAAUCAAACCAGUUUUUUUUUCUUUUUGCCGUAUCUAUUAACUGAGAAAAGAUGUGUUAUUUUACAAAUAUACAUGAUGUUUGCCUCUGCAGUUACAGGGAAUUUACACAUAACUAUUUUAUUACAGUCCUUAAUUGUAUUCAUUCAUUUGCCAGGGGUCCUAAUUUGCAUUGUGGCUGAAUACUGUAAAGAUAUGACCCAGACUCAGACCCACUUGAGUGUCAAGGCUGCACGGUGAAAGCAGGUGAACCGGCACCACAAAAGGUGUCUGGACCCCACCUCAGGGUGCAGCUGAGGCCAGUGGGGCCUCGCGCCACAGUACACACACCGAGGGUGGCUGAGGCACUAAUGCAUUCUGCCCCACAGGCAGCUCAUCUGGCCUUUGCCAGGGUUUACGUUUUGGUGGUUGCAGGUGUCUGAGUCAGGGCUAUAAUUUCUGUAUUAGUGGUGCAGCAAACCCCUUCAUUAAGGAAAUGCGUGUUUUCCAUUUUAAAUGCAGUUUGGGCUGCAGGGAACAAGCACCAGGCAGUUUGUUCUCUCACUGGAGUGUGUGGGUAAGGGACCAGCAGUCAGCUGGUGGUUUUAAGCUUAGCCGUGCUGCAUUGGGAACGUGGGAUCAUCCAUGCCCAAAUUGUUGGUUUGGUUGUUGCUUUUAAAUAGUUACUUGAUGAUAUAUUGGGCUGGCAGCGCCUGCGGCGGUGCAGCUCACUCUCAAAUUCCUCCUGUGUAAAUAACAUUGUUCCCAUUCUCUCUGAUAGUCAAAGGAGGCCAAAACAGAUAGAACAAGUGGGGGUUUCUCAAGCUGGGAAUUCUCUGCUAACAGGCUGCUUGCACAGUGCAGUUUAAGGUCUUUCCUUGUGAUUUAUAUAUGCAUUAUAAAUGAUUUUUCAGCUGAGCUUGUGUAUUUGUAAAACUUCGACAUUUGCAGGGUUUGUACCUUGAGAAGCCUGAAACUAAAGCACUAAUAGAGUGUUACAGCUUUGCUGGGAAUUUGAUUAGUGGGAUUAAGCAGAAGCCUUAAUUUAACACCCUUGAAAGAAUUCAAGUAUCAUAAUAAUUACAUGUUUUAUGUGUAUGCAUAUAUGUACAUAUAUAUAUACGUAUACAUGUAUAUAUUAUGGAAACUUAAACAAAUAAUGUAGUAACUGCAUAACUAAGAGUGGGACAAGCAUUUGCUUUCACUUCUUGCCAGAGAAAUAGGAAAAAACAGAUCAGUUCAAAGCUUUCCAAACAUGCAGUGUUUGAGGGCAGUGAGUGAAAGCAGAUCCUACCCAAUGGCUGUAAUUUCUUACACCAGCAAAGACAGCUGUGCUCCUUUUCACACAGCCUAGGUUUUUUCAUUAAAUACACGGCACAUAACAGAUGGCCCCAGAGGGAGCUCGUCAGAGCAGUUUGUACACACGGCAUUGAGUGCAAGGCAGCUGAACCCAGGACCAGUACAACUCCAACUCCUCGGUAUUUUUUGCAGUGUUUUUCAAAUUACAAUUCUUACAAUAUGCUUGGUGGAUUUUGAGAUGUUAAGAAACAAUGCAAGUGUAUCACUAAUCUCGUGUUGUUUGCAGGGAUGUGGAAGAUGCAGUUC